AUGAUCAAAUUAUUUAAAGUCAAAGAGAAACAGAGGGAACAAGCUGAAAAUGCAAAUGGGAAGCCUCCAGUCAAGAAGCAAAGUGCAGGAGAACUACGUCUUCAUAAAGAUAUAAGUGAACUAAACCUACCCAAAACAUGUAACAUAUCAUUUCCCAAUGGCAAGGAUGAUCUGAUGAACUUUGAAGUCACCAUUCGGCCUGAUGAAGGAUAUUAUUUAGGUGGCAUGUUUUUGUUUUCAUUCCAAAUUUCCCCUAUUUAUCCUCACGAAGCACCAAAAGUUAAAUGCAAGACAAAGAUUUAUCAUCCCAACAUCGACCUGGAAGGAAACGUCUGCCUUAACAUUCUUCGAGAAGAUUGGAAACCUGUUCUGAAUAUAAACACUAUAAUUUAUGGCUUGUAUCAUCUGUUCACGGAACCCAAUCAUGAGGAUCCCCUCAAUCAUGAUGCAGCUGCAGUGUUGAGGGAUAACCCUAAGUUGUUUGAAUCGAAUGUGAGAAGAGCAAUGGCUGGUGGGUACGUGGGACAGACCUUCUUCACUCGAUGCAUAUAG